CGAGACGCUUCGCAGGAGCUAACGUUUUAGAGAUUUUGUUUUUCACACAAAAGACAAGUUAAGACUUAAUAGAAAGCGAUUUAAACAUAAAGUUUUUGUCGUUUAAAUGAGGCUGAGUAUACAAAAUCGAUAGGCUAUUGUGGUGGUGGGUUUUCGGGUUAAUUUAUUUGCGAAAUCGUUCAUUGCCUAAUGUUAGUCUUCGGCUGAUUUAGUCUAAUGUUACCUAAGUUAACUUUGCCACAAGCAGAGACGUGAAGUGUUUGAUUAGACAGAAUGUCAGAUGCUGAAACAAAGGAAGAGGACAGGAGGAGUGCAGGAGUUAGAGAGGACACAGAGACCAAUGAGGAGGACAAGAGGAGUGCAGGAGUUAGAGAGGACACAGAGACCAAUGAGGAGGACAAGAGGAGUGCAGGAGUUAGAGAGGACACAGAGACCAAUGAGGAGGACAAGAGGAGUGCAGGAGUUAGAGAGGAAACAGAGACAGAGGGCAGGAAGAGUGCAGGAGUUAGAGAGGACACAGAGACCAAUGAGGAGGACAAGAGGAGUGCAGGAGUUGGAGAGGACACAGAGACCAAUGAGGAGGACAAGAGGAGUGCAGGAGUUAGAGAGGAAACAGAGACAGAGGGCAGGAAGAGUGCAGGAGUUGGAGAGGACACAGAGACCAAUGAGGAGGACAGGAGGAGUGCAGGAGUUGGAGAGGAAACAGAGGCUGACAUCCUCAAGAGGACUGGACAGUCUCAAGUCUACUCAGCAACCAGAGACACACUUUUCCCAAAGAAGAUAACUCAUACUGGAACACAUGCAUUAUCACUGGAAUGGGUAUUUGGGAUGAAUCCCACUCUCCCCGCCUUCAUUAUGCAAGACCAUGAUCAGCUGGUGGUCCUCUAUGCUGGAGCUCAUGUUGGCAUCAUAUACAAUCACACCUCAAACUCCCAGCACAUACUUCAGGGUCACUCCCGCCCCAUCUCAUGUAUGUGUGUGAAUGAAGACAGACGCUGGAUUGCAUCAGCUGACCAGGGGCCGAAAAGCACUGUGAUGAUAUGGGACUCCUACUCGGGCAUUCCUGUGCAUACAUUGUUCGAUUGCCACCCAGAGGGGGGCGUCACAGCAAUGGCAUUUUCAAGAGACACAAAACAUCUGGUAACCCUCGGGGCUGAGGAAGUUCAAUGUGUGUGUAUUUGGGAUUGGACAAAUGGAACAGAAAAGCCUUUGUGGUUUACUGAACUCAAUCCUAAUCAUGGUUUUCAAGAUUACAUCGUUUUUAAUCCAAAUGAUGGCACUCAGCUGCUCAGCAGCAGUGAACGCCAGGUGUUAUUUUACAGCAGGGCCCAGGGAAGUCUGCAAUACGUUGCCUUGAAGCUUAAGAAGCCUUCUCAAACUGUCAAUAUGGCUUGUGGAUCAGUCAGCCAGUCUGUGUUUCACUGGAGAGAGCGGCAGGUCCUAACAGCGACUGCAGCGGGCAGCCUUGUGGUGUGGGAUGUGAUGGAAGACUUAGCUGCAAACCGAAGCCUCCCCAGAGAGAAAGUCAAGCUCAUUCACCUUCAGAAAGAUCCGAUCACUGCCCUCGCCGUAACUGACGGCUGUAUCGUAACUGGUGACACUCAAGGUCACAUCAAGUUUUAUGAUGAAGACUUCAUACUUCUCACUUGGUACAGUGAAUUCAACCUGGACACUAUUAUUUCCAUUUCCUUUUCCAAAGAGUGUACAGAGGGAUACCUGGAGGACUGUGCUCUCGAGGCAAAACCAUUUAUCAUGAGGAACUUUGUUGCGUCCACAGUCAGUUCCACAGUAGUACAUGUGAAUACACAGAAAGGCAUCCCUCACAUCCUGCUACAUGAGGAUUGUGAGCCUCUACAUGCAGUGUCCUGCCACCCCAAACAGCCAGCUGUGGCCAUGGGGAAUCAGAGGGGUAUUUUAAAAGUGUGGGACUAUAACAACAAAGUGGUCAUCUGCAGAAGGGUCUUCGAGACAGAGAAGCACAUUCAGUGUGUCACCUUUGACCCUCAAGGAAUAUACCUGGCAGUUGGCUUUGCCAGCGGAGCUGUUCACAUACUCAAUUCCAGCACUUUACAAAGUCAUCCAGAGGAGUGUUUCCAUUACACUGAAGACAGCAUUCAUCACAUCACUUUCUCCUCAGACUCACAGUAUCUCGCCACUGCGGAUGCUGGAAAAGCAGUGACGGUCUUCCUCUUACAGACUAAUAAAGGCUCUUUGCCUCGUUGGACGUACCUGGGCAGAUACCACUCACACUACAAGCCCAUUAAAGACCUUCUUUUUGGGGUUCACCUGGACAGCACCCAGCCCAGACUGCUCUCUCUGGGAAUGGACUGCCGACUGGUGGAGUAUGACCUGGAAAACAGUGAUGUGAAUAAGCUUCUCAUCCUAAGCUCGGAGCGCAUUGAGCAAAGCACUGUGCCAAUGUGCAUGACUUGGUAUCCUCCCCUCACUGCAGAGCAAUUUCUUCUCGUUGCCUCAGACCAAUACAAGAUGAAGCUUUUCAACAGCACCACCAAGAUGUGCAGAAAGACUGUCCUUGGCCCAGCAUAUGGCUCUCCCAUUAAGAAAAUAGCGGUCCUUCCCAUGUCUAAAGAACCUGAGACUAACUCAUAUUACCUGGCAUACAUCACAGAGGACAUGGUGGGUCUUCAGAUUUUCCCUCUGGACGGGAACCCCUACAAGUCCAAUGCUUUGAUCUGCCAUCCGACAGGGGUGUCUUCUUUUGCCUGCUCCUAUGAUGGCCGGUUUGUUUUCACUGCAGGAGGAUCUGACUGCACCGUCCUGUCGUGGGAGAUAAGCUUAAAUGCAUUGGAGGCAGCUUCUGCCUUGGGAGGAAAGGACAUGGUACCCUUUUACACUCUUUUAGAGGGAGGCAGAGACGGCAAGUUCUACAGGGAGAUGGAAGACUUUUUCUAUUACUGCCAAGUCCGUCAUCAAGGCAUCGACUCACUGGAGAAACGACAAGUAUCUACUAGAAUCCCCCUGUCAGAAGCUCCCUCUCUUAUGAGAGCUUUGGCCUAUUACCCUACUGAGCAAGAGGUAGAGGAUAUGCAUAACGAGGUCAAGUUCAGCAAGUAUGCCGAAACAGGAAAAUAUGUGACCGACAUUGACCUGGAAGAGUUCAUCAAGCUGUAUAUCAACCACCGACCAGCCUUCGGCAUCUCUAGCGAUGAGCUUGCUCUAGCUUUUGACGUCCUUGGUCACCGUGAUAGUACAGGACAGAUUGUUCUGCAGAGACACAAGCUGCUAGAACUUCUACAGGCUCGAGGAGAACACAUGACAGAGGAAGAGGUGGCAGAGUGCUUCACAACACUUUUAGGCCUCAGUGAAGAGGAGGAAGAAGAAGAAAGAGGAGGGAAACCUUCUGAGCAUGAUAUAUGUAAAGCUGACAGUGAAGAUUCAGAAUAUUCACUCGAGUGUGUGAUCCCAGAUGAGAUAUCUAUGGAGACAUUUACAGGUCACAUACUGGGCUUCCCUUCUUCAGCAGAGCUAAGCGGCAGGUCUUCCCCUCCAGAGUGAUGAAAGCAACGCACUGUCUAAGAGAAAUUGUUUUGGUCACACAAGGUUUCUUUUCCAUAACGUGCCCUAACAGAGAUGCUGGAAUUUUGAUGUAUUUCAAAUAAAAAUAUGAUGAAUAAAUAUCAUUAUUAAGUUAGA